AUGAAAAGGAACCACACAGAACAAAACAACAAAAAGCCUUUUGCUCCAUCUUUCCACAAAUCCCACCCUUUCUGUCUCGAGGAGAUAUACGGAGAUGAAGAAAAUUCGGAUAGUGAAGAAUCCGUAGCUCCAAAAACUCUGGUCGACCGCAAACGCAUUCUAACCCUUGACAAGAAAAAAGAGGUCCUUCGAAUAAAACGCAAACAGUUGAGAGAACAAAAAGAAAAGAGUGAGGAGGAGAUACCCUUCAGACUUCCAGAAGAUCGUCCGGAGCUUGAAGAGAAGGUGGGGAUUACACGGAGUGUCGAAAGAAAAGGCGACACCAACACAAUUAAAGAGACACACGUCAUUGAUGAAAAUGGAACUGAUGUUGUGUCUUUGAAGAACACUUUAAUAGCACUGCAAGAACUUUUCCCCAGUGAGGACAGUGCUUCCGAAGAGGUCUAUGUCGGCAAACCAAUGAAAAAGUCCACCUUUAAUGUAUAG